AUGGCCGGCAAAACGUACAAAACCGGAAAAUUGGAAUCGGACAUUGAUAGAUUGAGAGCAGAAGGCAACUGGCCUCGGCUGCUGGACAUGUCCAAACAGAUCGCCACCAAGGCACCUGCAUAUGAAACACUGAGCAAGUAUCUACAAACAGAAUGUAAGGUUGAAAGGUACUUACUAGAUAAUCCAGUUACAUUUGGUAGCAGUUCGAACAACGCAACAUCUUCUACAAUGAACACAACUGCUACUACUGCUUCGUACCAAGAACCCGACAUGAAACAUGAAACCUUAAUGUUGAUGGCAAAACUACAUUACUCCUUGAAUGAGUUGGACAAAGUGUUGAACAUUUAUCAUGAGAUUGGCCUCGAUGCAUUACAACUUCAGGACAUCAGUAGUAGAAAGUUGAAACUCAUUGGUGAAGCUUUUUCUCUUAAAGGUAUAUGUCUAGAGAGGCAGUUAACGGCAUCCCAUAUGGAAACAUCACAACCAUCAGAAAUAGAAAAUGAGAUAAUUCACUGCUACGAAAAAUCAGGCAACAUUUCACUUUUCCAGUUGAUUGACAGGCAAGAGAGGUGGGGCUCCAAAAUGGGAGGAGUCUCAGGAACAGGUGUGGUCCAUCCUGUCAGUGAUGUUGAUAAUGUUGGGUUGAGUCCGAUGGUCGAGCAUGCCAUUCAACGAUCUCCGCUGCUCUACAUCAGGAGAGGUGAACUUGACAAGGGCAUCAACAGAUUUCGAGAUUUGUUGAGGGUCGUUGAGGUGAAGGCCACUCAGGGAAUGAGACAGACUCUUGCAAGGCAGUUGGCGGAGGUGUUGAUGAGAGGUGUGUGUAGGGCGUCGUACACUCCAAUACAGUUGCUACAGCAGCAGCAGCAACAACAACAACAUGAUCCUCACGAUUUCAAUAUUUUGAAACUUAAGAAGUUUGCCAGUGAUAAGUUGUUCAUCCCAAAAGACGAAAACGAAGAAACUUUGCUUCUUCUGCUUAUAUCAGAAUCUAUUGCAACUCGUGAGGUGGUGUUGAACAGGUCUCAAGAGCUGUCCCAGGCUCGCAGCCACACACUGCACAAUGCAACAUCCGUGUACGACCUGCUGACCAUCUGUCUAGCCAGGAAGUCUCAGUAUCAUCUACUUUCCGAGACAUUCGAAAAAGCGAUGAAAUUUUCAUUCAAUGAAUUCCACAUUUGGUUUCAGUUUGUCCUCUCGCUUGUAUGCUCGCAGAAAUUCAGUCGGGCGUACUUUGUGUUGAAGGAGUGCAUGAAACUCUCCCCUGAAAAUCCAACCCUGUACAUGAUGGCAGCCAAACUCUGCUAUGAGCAUCUCAAUCUGGUUGAUGAUGGUAUUAAACAUUCCGAAGAAGUCAUCAGGAUAUGUUCUUCAUCAUCGUCGUCAUCUUCUUCCACUGCAUCACACUCCAACAAUCCAGUACAAAAGAAUCCAAUGUUGGAAACUCAAAAGUCCUUGUUCCAUGCAAGAGGUCAUCUCUUUCUGGGCAUCGGUUACAGCCUAAAGAGAGAAGAACUGAAAAUGUUAACCGAGAGGCAGAUGUACCAGAAGAUGUCUAUCGAAGCUUUUAAGAUGUCCAUCUCCAUUGAUUCAUCGGACCAUCUGGCAUACUUUCAUAUGGCCUAUCAGAUGGCCGUGUCCAGGAAGAUAGUGGAAUCACUUUCCUACGUGCGGACGGCCCUGCAAUUGAGGAGGGACCAUCUCCAGUCACUCCAUCUACUUGUACUUCUUCUCACUUCACAGAAACAAUACGAAGAAGCUUCCAAACUCAUUGAAGCUACUCUUGUUGAAUAUCCUGACGAUUUCAGUUUACUUUUCACAAAAUGCAAACUGGAUGUGGAACUCGGUCUGGCUGAGGUGGCCCUACAAACAUGCAGGCACAUGCUUCAACUCUGGAAAUCCAUGUUUGAGUGCAUCAUACUGGAUACUGCGGAUGAUCGGGUGGGGGGAGGAGGAGGAGGAACAGGGUUGCUGGAGCGCAUCACCAACGAUCACCAAUCCCUCCUGCACUUGCAAUAUUGUGAGGUUGCCGAUCGAGAUUCCGGGUCGACAAGAGCAGAAUCAGUUGCAGCAUCCAGGUUGGAGCAAAACUUGUGGGAGGUCGCUUCAUCCCUUGGAAGCAACCUUCAGCCAAGAUCUGUGGUACCUUCAGGUCCCCAGCAAGCCAUUCUCUUGCAGGCACAAAUCUGGUUGCUGCUUGCUGAAUUGUACUUGAAGCUGAAGAAGUUGGAUUCAGCGCAGGCGUGCAUACAAGAAGCGGGAACUCUCUGUCCCAUGUCUCAUGUUGUCUCCUACAUGAGAGGCAGGUAUUUGGAGUCGAAGGGUAUGCUGAAUGAAGCGAGGAAGGUCUACGAGAAUGCCAUCUCCAUCAAUCCGUCUCACGUCAGGAGCAUGCUCAGAUUGGGCAUCGUGCUACAUCGCUUGGGCAACGACAGACUUGCCGAGACGACUUUGAGGAAUGCGGUCAGUUCUGAUCCUACGUCCAGUAUGGCUUGGCGAACCCUCGGACAGGUCUUGGAAUCUUUGGGGGAUUCGAAAGUUGCAUCCGAAUGUUUAGUGACCUCGCUUGACCUCGAAGCUACCGACCCAAUCCUUCCAUUCUCAAUUGUUCAAAGAACAUGUUCCUAAUUCUUUUGGAUCAAAAUUUCGACACUGCUAUUUGUAUUUAUUUGUAUUCAUAGAUGUUCAAUAUUUGUAAAAUAUUUGCUGGCUGCAGUUUUAUUUUAUUUUAUUUUUCUUUCUGAAAAUGUGUCUAGGUCAAUGAUUUUUUUCACAUUUAGACAUUUUCAUUUAUCUUAAAGAUUUUAAAUAUUGUUUAAAGCAAUUAAAGGUUUGUGUAACGAUUGUGUUUGCUAGUAAACAGCAGUAAUUGAAUAAGAAAUAUUAAUUGUUUCUGUGCCUGGUAAAUGAUAUCAAUCG